AACGUCGUAAACUAAAAUGCAAAAUGUAAAUAAACCGAUAUAAUUUCAAACCGAGCACGAUUUUCGAUAAAAAUUAAAUUGCAUAAACAAAUUUCCAUCAAACUGCAUUGUAUUUUAGAAUGCUGGCCAUGGAUAACAGUUUUACCAACUACAUAUAUCUACAUAUCGGUUAAGAAAACAUGCAUUUUUACUACAAAAUAUUUCUAAUAUUACUCAUAAUUAUUUCAUUACUCUGUACUCAAAAACUAUUUAGAAUUAACAAAAAAUUGUACACCGACGAAACUUUUAAUGAGUCUGCUCAAGUUUUACCGAAAAACACUAUCCAGUGUUAUCGAAUGAAUUUAGACACACUUCCCGAUAUUUCCAAAGUGCCUCCAAGAAAAGACAAAUCGAUAUUUUUCCACGAAACAUCUUGCAACUCUUUUUAUAAAGGAAAAAUCACAAUAAAUGCUAGACAGGCAUGUGCAGUUGAAAGCGCAGCUUUAUUAAAUCCAAAUUUGGAUGUGUAUUUACUGUAUUCUUCGCCAGGUGUUUUACAAUUUUCUGGAGAUGAGUCGGAUAAGUUUUUGAGGGCACUGCUAAGCUAUGGUAACGUAAAUAUUUUGCAUUUGGAUUAUUACAAACAUACCAAAGGAACACCUGUUGAAGAACUGUAUAAAUCUGGAAAGUUGGAAAGCUCUGAUUUUGUUGUUUUUCAUGCAAGCGAUGUAAUUAGAUUUACCACACUAUGGAAAUAUGGCGGAAUAUAUUUAGACUUGGAUGUUAUAGUUACGAAACCUCUGAAUAAGUUACCUCUAAAUUUUGCCGGUAUUGAACGGAAUGACAGCGUGAAUUCAGCAAUUUUAGGUUUAGCAUCAGAUGGAAUUGGUCACUCAAUGGCUGAAAAAUGUCUUAAUGAGCUGAAACAUAAUUUUGAUGGUCAAGAAUGGGCCAAAAAUGGUCCUGGUCUAAUAACAAGGGUAUUACAAGAGACAUGUGGUGUAACAUUAGCUAAAGAUAUGGUAGGAAGAAACUGCGAUGGUUUUACAGUUUAUCCACAGAAUAUGUUUUAUCCCAUACCUGGUCCUUCAUGGAAGACACUGUUUAAUAAGAAAUAUUUGAAAAAUAUUAUAAAAGAGACCAAAGGAAGUUAUACAAUUCAUAUUUGGAACGAUAUUAGCGCUCCUAGAAAAAUACCUGUAAAGUCUGUUAAUUCACCGUAUUUAUAUUUUGCUAGAAAAUUUUGUCCCAAGGUUGUUAAAGCUAUAAAUAAAUAUUUUUAAUAUAA